CGGAGCGCACAACCCGCGGCCGCGGCGCGAUGGAGCGCACCAGGAUCUUCGUCUCGCUCGACGUUCUCUGCCUGGUGGUUGCCUCUCUGCCUUUCAUCAUCUUCACCUUGGUAAACUCUCCCUACAAGCGGGGCUUCUACUGCGACGACACCUCUAUCCGCUACCCGUACAAGCCGGACACCAUUACCCAUGGAGUGAUGGCCGGGGUGACCAUUCCCUGCACCGUUAUCAUUGUUUCGGCCGGAGAGGCGUUCCUUGUCUACACCAAACGCCUGUACACUCGGUCUGAGUUUAACAAGUACCUGGCUGCCCUCUACAAGGUCGUCGGGACGUUCCUUUUUGGCAGCGCCAUCAGCCAGUCGCUGACGGACCUGGCCAAGUACAUGAUUGGGCGCCUGCGGCCCAACUUCCUGGCGGUCUGCGACCCCGAUUGGUCAAAGGUCAACUGCUCAGGUUACAUACAGCUGGAGGAUGUUUGCCAAGGCAGCAUCAAGGACAUCACCGAGUCCAGGUUAUCUUUCUAUUCUGGACACUCCUCGUUUGGAAUGUACUGCAUGAUGUUCCUAGCGCUCUAUGUCCAGGCCCGGCUGGUGGGCAGAUGGGCGCGGCUCGUGCGCCCAACGGUUCAGUUCUUCCUCCUCUCCUUCGCCAUCUACGUGGGCUACAGCCGGGUGUCGGACUACAAGCACCACUGGAGCGAUGUGUUGGUGGGCCUCCUCCAGGGAGGGCUUAUCGCCAUCCUUGUCGUCUACUAUGUCUCCGACUUCUUCAAGGAACGGCCCCCGAUGUCCCACGACGAGAAGGACCUUGGGCGCAAAGCGAGCGUCCCUCUCCCACUAAGCGAACCGGAACACAAUCAUUACAGCUACCGGGCCGGGACUUGAACGUUAUUGGGGGCCGGGGGAGGGGGAGGCCGCAGGGGAAGAAACUUUGUUCCGCCACUCAUGCAGAAGCAUCUUCCUCUGCCUCCCUGAGCAAGAGUUUGUAUGUCGUUUCUGGACUUGUCUGACGAAGAGGGAGAUCAGUGGGAUAUUUCCCCUCCCACACUUUUUUUUUUUUACUAUUUUCUUCGAGGCGAAUAUGCCCUUUAUUACUGCAGGGUGCUAUUUUGCACUUCGGGUUCCAUGCACACGCACACACAUGCACACCGCCAAUCCAGGGGAGGGAGGACGCGGUAACAGACCCGAAUUUUCCACAAAGCGUGUGUGUGUUUAACGCCUGUCGAACAAUCCCUUUCCUUGUGUGAGUCCUGGGGACUCGAUAUCACCCAGGUUUGUGCUUAAGCCCCUCCCCCCUCCCUCCCCCCCUCCCAUCUUCCUCUUGUGACUUUAACGGAAGCUUGGUUUGGGGAUGUAUUCAUCUCUCCAUGCGGUGGAACGGCUCACAAGCUGACUUCUGCAGACCAAGCUGCCAUUUAAAGGCACAAGAGCAGGUCGGAGUCUUCCCCCGGCAAGCAGUCUUCCCCCGUGUCAAGUGCCUGAGAAAAUUUGGGGGUGGCGGGGGGUACUGCAGAGCCCAGCUCUGGUGUUUGCCCAAUUCUGUUGACAGAAUAGCUGCUGCAUGUUGUCCCAUCCACUACAUGCCCCAUUAUCACAUGUGCAGUGAGCGCUCCAAUAUGGAGGAGGCCCUUGCGCACCGAGUCCCGAUUCAUGAGCUGCUUCGCCCUGAAUGAAAAUGUGGACGGAUCCUGUGAAUCCAGCUUCUACAGCAUAGAGCUCUGUGGGAACCGUGUUGUAAA